GGGCGGGGUUUGUUUUGAGAGAGAGAAGACUCACCAGGGAAGAUGGCGACCGCAGGGUCCGCCGAACGGCCUGGCAGACCGGCCAGAGCCGCCGCCAACGCCGGCAAGUACCGGUCCGGGUCAAGGCCCGGAGCUGGGUGUGUGUCCGGGUCCAGUCCUCCGGAGAACGAGGUGAAGAAGCGGCCGGGGUACGUAGAGGGGCAGAGCGGCGGCGGGUGCGGCAGCCCGCCCUGCGGACACCCGUCGGCCUGUCAGAGACGCUCCGGCAGCGGAGAGCGGCUCCGGAGGAGGAGUGACCCCGAGAAGAGUAGCAGCAGGCCGGCCAAGAGGAACUACGACACCCGGAAAGAGUUCUUCGUCUCUCCCGCUCUCAUCCCAAAGUGCUGUGACCCUUUAUCGGGACCCCCCGGGAAACACAAGCUGCUGCUGUCGGAGGACAGGGAGGACGCGAAGAGGAGACACGACGAAGAGCCGGGAGUUCUGUCUGACUCGGAGAACGAGGAGCCAAUCAGCAGGAGGAUCAGAAACAUCUCGGCCUUCAUCAGGAAAACCAAAACCUCUGCAGCCUUCACAGGUGGUUCCCAGAGGAGUCAGAGCUGCACCGACCCAGUGGAGGACCGAGGAGGGAAGCUGAAAGUCGUCACCCAGCCGGCCCUCAUGGACAGAGUCGGCAUCAGUCACAGCUACACGGCAGGAAUCCUCCUCUCGUCGGAGAACAGUCGCUCCGUCUCGGCUCCCAUCACGGCUCCGGACCGCCGUCACCCGUGGCGACCGGUCCUCUCGUCGUCCUGCACCCCCCUGACCCUCCUGGCCCAGCCGCCGCAAUGGCGCGCCAGCCCCGACAGCAACGACAGCAUCUCGGAGGAGCUCAACCACUUCAAGCCCAUCGUGUGCUCGCCGUGCACGCCGCCCAAGCGCCUGGCGGACGGCCGCCUGCUGGAGCCCGCCAUUGUGAAGUCCACGCCGCGCAACCUGACGCGCGGCCUGCAGAAGGCCACCAGCUACGAGGCCAGCCCCGCCGUGCUGCAGAAGUGGCGGCAGAUCGAACUCGACCGGCAGAGCCUCAAAGUCAGCUGCAAGGCCACGCUGACGAGCCCCGUCGGAGAGACGCACGGCGGAGCGGAUGCAAAGACUCACCAGCCCCCCGCGGCGGCGCCGGCGCGGGACGGAGACGGAGUCCCGACCGCCAACAAGAGGCGGCUGCUGUUCGAGCCGCCCGCCGGAGACCCCGACCCCUUCCAGAAGCAGUCGGUGAAGAUCCGGGUGCCGGCGGUCCGCUACAGCGGCGAGGCGGCCUUCAGAGGAAGUUCAGACUUUGAGCUGACGGUCCCCGAAACCUGCAGCGGUAGCGCGCUGUUUGGCCGGCGCCGCUCGUUCUCGCCGUACACUAAGAACGCCGGUUUCCAGUCGUGUAAAUCGGCCUCGAAGGACCAAAGGUCUCGGAAGGACCAGAAGGUCUCGAAGGACCAGAAGGUCUCGAAGGACCAGAAGGACCAGAAGGUCUCGAAGGACCAGAAGGCCUCGAGUCAGAAGGUCUCGAAGGACCAGAAGGUCUCGAAGGACCAGAAGGCCUCGAAGGAAACGGCAAGGCCUCGGGCGACCAGGAAGGUCAAACGGAAAGUGGAGCAGAAGACCAAACACCUGGACGCGGAGCGGGACUCUGAGCGGAGGAGGAGCCGCUCGGCCGGCCAGGACGUCUACGAGGACCGGUACGCCGGCGGGCGGGCGCAGCAGGAGCGCCGGGACCGAGCCAUCGCCCUGAAACUGCAGAGACAGUUCGACGCGGAGAACCAGGCCGCCGGCCGCCGGAGGAGCCCCCAGGUGUACUUCCUGCGCUCCUGGAUGUCCAAUCAGAACCGGAGGAGGCGGGGCCUGAGGAGAUCUCGGCGAAUCAACAAGAAGCACUAGAGAGGAGUCGUUUGACUCGCGGCACAAAGACAGACAGACAGACAGACAGACAGACAGACAGACAGGAAGAGAGGUUUCAUAUAUAUGCAAAGAAAGUUGUGAAAAAGUAUGAAUGUUUUUACACGAAUGCAGACUCUAAAUCAUAGUCCACUGUCGAGGAAAAGGAACAUUUCCUCCAAAUAUUGUUUGGAGAUUGGAGAGAGGAUCCCUACAGAGAUAGAGCUUUUAUUUAAAGAGUAAGAUCCUUUUAGUUUAACAUGAAACAGCCCCGAAAUCACCAUCA